CAGCCCCUUUACAUAGAGAGGCCACGCUAAGCAUCUGCAGUCAUGGCCGAAGCAAUUCUGACCGAGGUUCAUGUGAGCAAUAUGUUCGACCUCCGCGGGGCCGUUGCAGUCGUUACCGGUGGCGGGACUGGAAUUGGCUUGAUGAUUAGCACAACACUUAUCUCUAAUGGAGCCACAGUCAUCAUCAUCGGCCCAGUCCAGGCGGACCUUGACAGGACUUGCAAGCUUUACAAUGAUGCGGCUGAACGGACCGGCAAGCAUGGCAGGCUAUACGGCAUUGAAGGCGACAUUAGCAAGAAAUCAGAAGCUAUUCGCCUAGCAGAAGAGGUGGGAAAGAAGGUCCCACAUGUAACAGUUCUCUUUAAUAACGCAGGAAUCUCCGAAGGCAAAUUUGAUCGUCCCACGGAGAUGACGGCAGAAGCAUUCAAGAGAGCGUAUUUCAAUGAUCUCAAAGAGGAGACCUUUGACCGAGUAAUCCAUACCAACGCAGUCGGCCCGUACUGGCUCACGUUCGCUUUCCUUCCCUUACUCGAGAAGUGGAAGGAAAGUGGAUACCGGGGGCUUGGGGGAAAGAAGUUCGCUCCUCAGAUAAUCAUGACUAGCAGCAUGAAUGGCUGGACCAAGGACCCAGCGACAUCCGGCUUCACCUUCCCUUACUUGUACUCCAAAUCUGCAAUAGGACACGCCACCGAAACUCUCGCUCAUGAGCUACUUCCGCUCGGCAUCCGAGUGAACGGCAUCGCUCCCGGACUGUUUCUCACUGAGAUGUCGGCCCCAGGCACUUCCGACGAACUGGGUGUGUCACGCCUCAACAACACGUCCAAGUUCGGCUUCCAGGUGCCCUGCUUCCAGCCUCCUCCAGACGACGGCUCUCAGCCAAUUAAUGCAGGCUCGAGAACGGACGCGGGUGCGCUGGCCUUGUUCUUGGUCAGCAACUGGUUCGUCAACGGCGAGACUGUUCUUAUUGAUGGAGGCACACUGCUCCUCCACCCGUCGUCGUUCUAGAUGUGUGUAUCUGGGAGCUUCCUCUUGCCUAUGUGUAUGUACAAUGCCGAGCGUCAUGAAUUGCGACUGUCUUGCGUCAGCAGCUGCAGAUUGUCAAUGGUGCUUGUUCUGGUUGCCCCUAAGGUGCCACGGCAUGCAUGGUUUCUCCUGUGAGGACGCGAUGGGUCGAUAGCUACGACCGAGCGAAGUUGUCCACGGCCAACUUACUUUGUUGCAACCCUCCAUAACCUUACUUGAUUCUCGCGGUCAUACCAGACAAAUUGC